AUGGAACUUAAUCAAUUAACAGCAAUAUCACCAAUAGAUGGUAGAUAUUGGGAUAAAUGUAAUAGUUUAAGCGAAGUCUAUGUAGAGAUUGAAUACUUUAUCAAGUUGUCUACGAUUGCAGAGGUCAAGCCAUUGCAACAUCUCUCACAACCAGAGACACACGAAAAGCUUCGCAACAUCUACAAAAACUUUUCAUUUGAAGAUGCACAAGCAAUCAAAAAGAUUGAAAAGACGACCAAUCACGAUAUCAAAGCUGUCGAAUACUUUAUCAAAGACAAGAUGGUAGCCAUAUUGGGUGCACAAGAGGUAACUGAUCUGCAAAAGGAGUUUGUUCACUUUGGUCUCACCAGUCAAGACGUCAACAACACUGCCAUCCCAUUGUCAUUGGUAGAAGCUGUUGAUCGUACCUAUAUGCCUCUGCUCAACAAACACGUUGUUGACCCAUUAUUAGAGAUGGCUCGUUCGUUGAGAUCCGUUCCUUUGUUGGCUCGUACCCAUGGUCAGCCAGCUACACCAACCACACUCGGCAAGGAAUUGAUGGUGUUUGCCGAACGUCUCAGCAACCAAAUCCAACUGCUCCGUCUGGUUCCACACUCGGCCAAGUUUGGUGGUGCCACUGGUAACCUCAACGCACAUACUGUUGCCUACCCCUCGGUGCAAUGGGCCGACUUUGCCGACUCGUUUGUGCAACACCUCAACCCACGUCUUAAGCGUGCUCGUUUCACCACACAAAUCGAGCAUUACGAUUGUUUGGCAGCACUACUCGACGCUAUGAAGCGUAUCAACACUAUCCUUAUUGAUAUGUGUCGUGAUAUUUGGCAGUACGUGUCGAUGGAGUAUUUUGGUCAACGUGUCAUUGCCGGUGAGGUUGGAUCAUCCACCAUGCCACACAAGGUCAACCCAAUCGAUUUUGAAAAUGCCGAGGGUAAUCUUGGUAUUGCCAACGCACUCUAUGAACAUUUGGCUGCCAAGUUGCCCAUCUCUCGUCUCCAAAGAGAUCUUACCGACUCGACCGUCCUACGUAACCUCGGUGUGCCAAUGGCCCACUCUCUGCUCUCAUUUGCCUCUAUCGCCCGUGGACUCUCCAAGUUGGUCGUCAACGAAGCCACCAUCAAGCAAGACCUCGACGCCAACUGGGCUGUCAUUGGUGAAGCCAUCCAAACAGUCCUCCGUCGUGAAGGCUAUCCCAAGCCAUACGAAGCCCUCAAGGAAUUGACUCGUGUUUCUGGUGGUAAAAAGAUUUCUCAUCAAGAUCUCAUCGUCUUUAUCGAUACUCUCAAUGUCAAUGAUCAAGUUAAAGAUGAAUUAAAACAAAUCACUCCAUUUAAUUAUAUUGGUCAUAUUCCUGAAUUUUAA